CGGGGGAAGAGCAAAGCGAGUUAAGAAAAGACCCUAGUUGAAGUAGUCCCCUUGUCGUGAGGAUAGGGAAAUGCGAUGGAGAAUUACGAUGUCCCCUCUCCCCCAGGGACCCAGGUGAGGAUCAGUACAUACAGAAAAGAACAUCCAUCCCAUGAUCCCAUCCCAUGCUAUCCCAUCCCAUCCCAUCCCAUCAUCAUGCAUCCUAACAUCCUUCCCCCCAGCAUCAUCCUCACAUCCUCACAUGCCGCCGCGUAUAAACAAUCCUGACAUGCACUACUCUAGCUGUAGCCCCCGUACAUGAUGCUACAGCGCUAUCGUCCCUGUACCCAUACUAUCGUGCCCAUCCUAACCCGACGAUCCACCGCGAAG